AUACGACGGCGUCUAAUUGUCGUUGGUCGUGAAGUUUUUGGGUGUCGUAAAUUGUGAAUUUCUUAUCAUAAGUGCUUAUUAUAAUAUAGAUAAGUGGUUAAAGUCGAUAAUGCAGAUGCAAGGCCAGAAUCAGUAUGGGAAUAGGGGGUUCGGUGGACCUCCACAACCGCAAAGGCAAGGUGGUCGCCGUGGUAACAAUCGUGGAGGUGGCGGAUUUCGCAAUUCUCGAUUUGAUCAUAAUAACCAAAGGAAUCAGAGCCCGGCACAAGGAGGUCAACGACCUAAUAAUGAGCCAAUGAAACAAACGCCUGAGAGUGAGAAGCAACAACAACCGCAACAACAGAAAGAUAAACCAGCUGAGGUAACUAAGCAGUCUCCAGCACCCACACCGACUCCACCUCAGAAUCAACAACAGCAACAGCACAAUCGUCCGCAACAGCAUAAUCAACGCCAGCAGCAACAACAGUCUCAACAACAACCAAACCAACGUCAGCAGCAGCAGCAGGCGCAACAACAAAAACCUUCACACAAUAUAUCCAAGCCUGAAUCACAGGACAAUGUUGAUAAGUCCAUCAGUAAUGAACAGAAGAAUCAGGCUCCCAAUGUAAAUCAGAAUCAAUUCCAGAAGAAUGUUAAUGGAAACUUUGGUGGUGGAAAUAAACAUGGUGGAAGUUGGGGACAAGGGGGUCCGGGUGGUCCAGGAGGUCCAAGUGGUCCAGGUGGUCCUGGAGGACCAGGUGGUCCGGGUGGACCAGGUGGUCCGGGUGGACCAGGUGGACCAGGCAAUAAGCAAAAUCAGAACAUGAACCAAAAACCAUUUGGACAAAAACUUGGUGGAGGAUCUGGGCCGCCACGUAACCAACAACGCAAUAGCAUGCGUGGACAACAGCAGGAUGGAAAACCAGUGCAGCGUGAGGAACAAAUGUUGGCAAACAAGUUAAAGGACCUUGUAGGACCUCUGGUUGACUUACCCCCAAUUGAUCAAACUGAGGUCAAGUUUAACGGCAGAAGCAGGCUGUAUAUUGGAAAUCUUACAUCUGAUGUUACAGAAGAAGAAAUAAUGAAUCUGUUUGGUCAGUAUGGUGAAGCUGCGGAAUUGUUUAUCAAUAAAGAAAAAAAUUUCGGUUUUAUAAAAAUGGAUUACAGAGUUAAUGCAGAAAAGGCAAAGAGGGAACUUGAUGGUAAAAUGAGGAAUGGUAGAGCCCUAAGAGUAAGAUUCGCACCACAUAAUAGCGCUGUUCGUGUCAAAAACCUUCCGCCAUUUGUGUCAAAUGAGCUUCUAUAUAAAGCCUUUGAAAUAUUUGGAAAGAUAGAACGAGCAUAUGUAAGGGUUGAUGAAAGAGGGAAAACUUUGGGUGAAGGUGUAGUUGAGUUUGCUCGCAAGCCCAGUGCUCUAGCUGCUAUCCGCAAUUGCACAGAAAAAUGCUUUUUCUUAACUUCUUCACUUCGCCCAGUAAUUGUUGAAAACUUUGAGGAACCAGAUGAGUUUGAUGGUUAUCCUGAAAAGAACUUGCCUAAGAAACAUCCAGAAUAUAUGCGAGCCCGUGAGAUUGGACCACGGUUUUCAGAGUCUGGUAGUUUUGAACAUGAAUAUGGAACAAGGUGGAAGCAAUUGCAUGAGCUCCAUCGUCAGAAAGAGGAAGCAUUAAAAAAAGAGUUGGCAGCUGAAGAAGAAAAACUUGAGGCUCAAAUGGAGUAUGCAAAGUACGAGCACGAGACAGAGCUGCUGCGCGAGCAGCUGCGGCAGCGCGAGCAGGACCGCGAGCGGCAGAAGCGCAGCUGGGAGAUGGCGGAGCGCGCGGCCGAGGAGCGGCGCGAGGCCGAGCGCGCGCAGCUGCUGCGCCAGGAGGAGGAGCUCUCGCAGCGCAUGCGCCUGCAGGACGACGAGCUGCGCCGCCGCCAGCAGGAGAACACGCUCUUUGUGCAGGCCCAAAGACUCAAUUCCAUGCUGGACCGGCAAGAGCAGGGCAUGUUUGAUCAACAGCAGCCAAUGGAUGGAGGCUUCAGGGACCAGUACGACAUGCCACGUGGAGGUUUUGACGACAUGCCGCAGAACCGCGGGUGGGACGGACCACGCGCCAUGGACGACUAUCCUAAUAAACGUCGUCGCUUUUAAUUCAUCUCUUUUCAUGUGACAGCCUGACACAGGCUAUUCACACCGCUGACUACCCUCUCAGUAAUAACUCCUAUGACUAGCCAUUGGUUAUUAGGCACAAAUAUAUUAUUUAAAAAAAGAAACUAUUAAACCUACUUCUCAUUUAUUAUAUAAACUUACAGAGUCGCACUAACUUGACAUAAGUAUGUAUUUGCGAUAACCAAUGGUUAUUAUUGAUUGCCGUAGCGUGAAAACGCUUAAAACUGUAGUGAAAUAGAUUUAAAAAUUUGAGUUUAUUUAUUUUAAAAUUUGAUGCUCUCAAGGUAGCAUAACACCUAGGGUUUUAAGCGGUUUCGCAAAAUUUAUGUACACUUCAUUUACUUACCGGUACAAAAUUUAUAAAUUCACACUUAGCUAUUAAUGGUACUACAUUAUAUCACUGUAGGAUUAAAUAAAUUUCGUUCGUAGUUUGAAACAGUUUAUUAAAAUAACAUAUUUCUGGUAUACUGAGUAUAUAAAAAAAAUGUUUGUGUAUAAAGACGGUGUUUAGUUAAAAUCAUUCUUAAAAUAGCUUUUUUUAAAUAUGACAUGAAAUUAGGGUUUUUCAUGGACCAUCAUCCAUCAUUAUAACAAAAAUGUCACUUAUAGUGUAAGAAGUAAAUUUAAAAUUACCAAUUAUGUACUUCUACAUCUGAAGAAUUUAACAUUAAGAUAUUGCUUCUACGCCAUAUUUAUUCUCCUAAUUGCGUAAUGUAUAAUUUUUGUUCGUUUUAAUUGUAAUUUACAGAUAUCUGACUGUUUGGGAAAUUAGAUUUAGAUUCAAUAAUUUGCGAAAUAAAUUUUUUAUCUCCAAUUUAUUAAGAAAUAUUGUAAGAUCUGUUUAUUUUAAUUUUUUCACAGUCUUAAUGGAGUGAGUGAUAAGCUUAUAUUACCAAAUAAGAAAGUGGUACUUGAAGAACAUAAAUACAUAUAACUUUAAAUUUUAAAAACAAAUUUGUUUUAACUUACUAUAUAUUUAAUGUAUAAACUAUAAGAUUUUUGAUUGGUGAAUAUAAAGAUUGGUACACUGCGUAUAAUCUCAUAAAUUCAUCAUCAUCAUCAUUUUGCAACAGUCUUGACUUUUAGACCGGGGCCCCUUCCAGAGUUACAAGGAUUGGCCAUAAUUACUACGCUUGGUUAGGCAUAAAAAGAAUAUAAAUUCCUUGCUAACUUUUAAUAGUACAUAAUCCUUAAAUAAGUAGUGAUGCAUUGCGGAUUAUUUCAUGACUUCCGAUUGCCUCAAACUCUUUUGGUAAUUUAGGUUAAUUAAUAGUAAGAUAUUAUUAAUAUAUUCAUAUUAAGAUUUUUGAUUACCGGCCGUGUAAGCAUCGUUGUAGGUGACUUUAAUAAAUAUUUUAUUAGAAAGAUAUUUAAAUGAAUUUUAAAUUUUGCAACAUGCAAUAAUUUCAGAUGUAUAUUUUCGCUUAUUAUUAUAAUCAUCUUUGAAGUUAUUUUUUAAAACCGUAGCAAAAAAACUUUUUUUUUUGUAAAUGUUUUAUAUCAUCAAGGUGUUUUCAGGUUCUCUCUUUAAAAAUAAAUAAAUUGUUCUUUACGUAUUGAUUUUAUUGCUAAUAACUAAAUAAAUUUGAUAGGUUUGUUAGGAAAUAUUUCAGAAGUAAGUUAAAGUAAUGUGACAAAUAAUCCCGUACUGAUAAAUUGACAUUAACGUGUGAUUUAGAUUUUUGAACUGAGGAAUCAGAAUUAUAUUGUAAAAUAAAAAGAUACAAGGAUCCUUUUUAAAGUCCGGGAGGCAUUUGUUGCGUCACUUUUAUGCCUAUGUAAAACAAACAAGCUUUUGCACAGAAAAUUAUCAAAAAGUGAAAGUUCUGUCAGUCUGGUCAGAGUUCUGUACUGUGAGUGUUUCUUUGUUUGCAAGAUAUAAGUGUGCAAGUGAAAUUUAGAAACUAAAUAAUAAUUUAUAGUAAAUUAGGCGUGAUAACUGUAAUUUCUUUAAAUAAAUGAAUACAUUUUCAUAAAUAAAUAAUUUAGUUUUAAGUUUAAUUGAUUGCAAUUUAUUUCACCACCAAGCCUAUUAAUCACAUUUAAAGAACAUUGUUUUGAUGUCAUUGUUCGCUUAAGAACUAAUUGCCCGAGAAAAUCAAUUCCUCUAUUCUAAAUGAUGGUUACACUAAUUGACAUUAAAUACGAGUGACGGACAAACAAUUGUUUAAAACGUUUAUUUCGGUUUAUUUGAUCAAUAACAUGGCCAGGCCUUAGUUGCCUACUACCUGCUAGUCAAUCGCAAGUAAAGACAGUAUUAAAACAGUUUUUAAAAGAUGAAAUAAUCUAUCUAGAAAUACGUAAAAUUAUAAAUUGAUAUAAAUUUAAUAUUAAUGUAAGUAUUAGUAAUCAAUAUUUAAAAUAGUAAUUAUUAGAAACAGGAUUCACAUUUUCUGACUGUGUGACUUCUUCACAAGUCGUACUACUCCGUUAAUUUUUUUACGAGAUUCUGAAAUGUGUGAUUGUAAUAAUUUAUUUGGAAAGCAAUACAUAUUUUUGAGCAAUGUACUUUGUUAAUUUUAAGCAAAAUGAAAUAAUUUUUAUUAUUGAAUGGUUGAAAUUAAGGAUUAAAUUAAAUUACUCACUAAGCAGACCAUUUGACAUCUGAAAAUUAUCGGCCCGUGUUCUGGAUCGGGUCACAUACGAGAAAUUUGAUUGAUUUCGGAUCUGGACGUUGUGGGACGGAGAGGGGCUGAGAGGAUAUUGAUUGCGUUUUUGACGCAAGCUCGCACAAAGUCGACGUUUGACUAUCGGAGGCCACAAAUGAAAAGACUUGCACUUAUGAAUACGUUCAUAUCAUAUACGUAAUACACACAUACGUUCAUAUCAUAUACGUAAUACACACAUAAAUAAACUUCAAAAACAACCCUUCGUUGGUUCUCAGAUUCAAUGUAAUCGUUUUUAUUUGUCAAUCUUUAUAGAUAUUUUCUUUAGUUCGCUUUUAGUACUACUACCAUACCGAGUCCCAUUAAAGUAUAUCUAUUCUAUUAUCAUAAGUAACUUUAAAGAACUAUGUUGUUACAGCGAAUACUUUAUAAUUGUCAAGCAAUUUUUACUUUUUUGUUUACUAAUACUAAAAGGAAAGGUACAUAAUUGUUAUUUUUCAACAAUGGAGGUGGUUUUUCAGCGCAAUCGAGGAAUAGAUAUUGCAUAAUAGAAGCCUUGUGCGUAUUUAUAAUUGAACUAAACAAAUGUUCGAAAUUAGGUACCGUUGUGGGGUUUUGUUGUAAUAAGUAGUAACCGAGUGCAUUGAUUGUCAUAAGAUUUACUAAAGCUUGUGAAAUAUUAGUGCGUCGUGGUGUGUCGUGGCGCAGCAGAAAGCUAUGAAAUCUAUAUUAUGGUUUUAAUUUUUAUGUGCAUGGCUUCUUGACUUGUUCGUCAUGACAUUCAUUUAGACAUGAAAUAAUAAUAAAUAUUCAUUAAUAAUAUAGAUAGAUACUCGGCUCCAGUAUAAAAUUUAGCUUCACAAUUAUUAUUUCAAGUUUUUGACCGUAGACAUUUUUUUUCUCGUUAUUUGUUGGGGCCUUUGUCUCUAACGCAUAUGUUACUUUUUAAAGAAUGGAGGAAAGGAGUUUUUUUUAAUGAU